AUGUCUUUCACGAACAAUUCUCAGUUAGAUGUGCUCAACAAACAAAGCCGAGAAGCGACAUCUCGACUCCUAAAGCCUUUCAAGUUCUGCAACAAGCGCUCGCCGUUUUCUCCUGCGGCCACUGAAGCAGAGCAGCCUAUCAAACCAGACUCCAAUAUCUUUUGUAGCCUAUCUGAGAACCAAAGUGGUGGAGUAGUGCCCACGAAGCGCAAGACUAACGAUGUUACAACAGUCGGGGAAUGUGCAGUCCAUUUGGAGCUGCUCGAGGCUUUCCUGGUCUUGAAGAUCAAAGUACUCCAGUCCAACGCGAUUGACAGGGUGUUUGGUAUCGCCGCAUCAGUGGGGAAGAAGACUAACCUUAAAACCUUCGGGAGAGAAAAUGAAAGGGUCCUUAUGCACUUAUGUUUAUGGUGCACACGUGGCGUUAGGCCUAAGGCUUUUAAGAAGAAGCUCUUAAGGGCAGCAUUGACUAGCACAGUGAACUUCGUUCCCACCGUAACAAUAACAGAACAAGACACUUAUAAAAAGGAUAAGUAUAACCUGUUAGAGGAGCGACCGUGUAUUGACGAUAUAAUAAUAUGCGAAUGA